AUGUGGAUAGAACAGGGUGCAACCCAUCGACUACUAUCGAACAACUUCAACGAAGACCGCUGGAAAACCGCUGCUCUCAAGAACGCGUACGCAUUGAUGGGCAGGAGAAGAUUCGAGUAUGCUGCAUCAUUCUUCCUACUUGCAGAUCAUCUACAAGACGCUGUCAGCGUUCUUCAUAACCAGCUUGGUGAUACGCAGCUCGCCAUAGCAGUCGCCCGCGUCUACGGUGGUGACGACUCGCCCAUCUUGCUGGACUUCUUGAGAGAUAAGAUCCUGCCUCAAGCUGCGAGAGAGGGCAAUCGAUGGCUCGCAACAUGGGCAUACUGGCUACUGAACAAGAAAGACAUGGCCGUUCGCUCGCUGGUCACACCGCUGACAGCUCUACUCGAGACCUCCGACCCGCCCAGUUCAGCCGCUAAAUCGUACCUCACCGAAGACCCCGCCUUGGUAGUCCUGUACAAGCAACUCCGCGAGAAAUCACUUCAAACAUUACGCGGAGCCACAAUGAUAGGCAUGCGCGAAGAGUGGGACUUUGUGCUACAUACAGCUGGCCUAUACGACCGCAUGGGCUGCGACGUCCUCGCCCUCGAUCUAGUCAAGACAUGGGAGUUCUUACUCCCACCACCACCGACGAAAGCAACGUCCGGUCGUCCACCGCUGAGCCCCUCGAUGCCGCGUCAAAGCUAUCAAUCGCGAGGCCGAAACCAAUCUGCGACGGACUUUGACUUUGAUCCUAGGAAACUGCUACGUAGGAGGAGUUCACUUGUUAUCGCCGAUUUACCGGUAAGAGAGCAUGCUCAUAACGAUUUGGCGGAAAGUAAGGGGACGCUGGAGGAAAGUAGGGAGAGUGAUGAAGAGGAUGGUGAAGAAGAGGGGGAGCAAGAGGAAGAGGAUAAGAAGAAUGACGAGAAGCCUAAGGAGGAGCCGAAGAAGAAACCGCCACCGACUCAGUUCAAUGAGCCGGAUGCGAAUAGUUUGUUGGAUGCUUUCGGGUUUUAG